GGGUCCACGACAAAACUUGGCCGUUUGUACUUACACACCAACACAACUAAACUGCUCAACUGUAUCAAUGUCCCAACCUACUUCUUUCUCCUUGGAUCAACCUUACACCGAAAUUAUCGUGGUGCGUCAUGGAGAAACAGCAUGGAAUGCAACCGGAAGAAUUCAAGGACAUAUGGAUGUUGAACUGAAUGAAGUUGGGAGGCAACAAGCAGCUUCAUUGGCUGAAAGACUAUCCCGAGUGCCUGAAAUAUCCGCCAUAUAUUCCUCUGAUUUAAAACGUGCUCUUGAAACUGCUGAGACGAUUGUUGCAACCUGUGGCAAGUUUGAGGUUAUAAAAGAUCCAGACUUGCGGGAACGACAUUUAGGGGAUGUUCAAGGUCUUCUGUUCCGUGAAGCAGCCAAAGUUUGUCCCCAGGCUUACCGAGCAUUUUCGUCUCGCCGGACCGAUCAAGUUAUACCUGGAGGUGGAGAAAGCUUAGACCAACUCUAUCAUCGUGCUACAUCUUCAUUACAGAGAAUUUGUCAGAAACAUACAGGGAAGCGAGUGGUUGUGGUCACUCAUGGAGGUGUCAUACGUGCGCUAUACAGGAGGGCUUGCUCGAGGAGGUUUCGGGGAAGUAUACUAAAUACCUCAGUGAACAUAAUUCAGAUAUCUGGUGAUGAUGUUUGGACCAUAAAAGCUUGGGGUGAUAUCGAUCAUCUCAACCAAACAGGACAUUCCAUGUCUGGUUUUGGGGUUAGUAAAACACCAUCUGUUGUUAGUCCUGUUCUUACUUGAAUGAGCAUUUUUCCCAUCUGGUGCUUCCAUGUCGAAUAAACUAGCAAUGUCUCUGAAACUUAUGAAAGAUUACAGCACUCUCAUUGGAUUCUAGAAUUAUUGUUCAAA